GUAAUUUACUUAAAUUCAUCGACCAUCUAAGAAACCGAGUUACUUCAACUUAAGUAACCAACCAGUUCACAUCUCAUUCGACUAAAAAAAAUAAAAAUAAAACUCUAGCUUGAUUUUGUGUCAUCACAAGAAGGCAAAAGAAGAAUUAACAAAGGAAAAAAAAAAAAACCCAUAAUAGAAGGUUAAUUGAAUCAACAAGGACAAAAUGGGCAUGGGAAGUGAAACUGAUUACAAGUGUGGUUUAUCAAGCCAAGAUCAAGAAACAGCACGUACUGAAUUACGUGAAGAUGAAAAUAUACGUGAACAAUCAAUUGAUCAAUUACGUCAAUGGAUUAAAAAACAUUCAUCAAUAAAACGUUGUCGUACUGAUUCAAUAUUUUUAUUACGUUUUUUACGUACUAAAAAAUUUAGUGUACCACUUGCACAAGAAAUGCUAGAACGUUAUUUAACAAUACGUCAAUUAUAUCCAGAAUGGUUUCAAAAUUUAGACAUAAAUGAUCCAGAUAUUGAAAAUAUUAUUGACAGUGGUUAUUUAGUACCAUUAUUAGAAAAAGAUAAACAAGGUAGACAAGUUAUAUUAUCAUGUGCUGGUAGAUUUGAUCCUUAUAAAUUUACAUCAGCACAAAUGGCUAGAGCACAUAGUAUUGUUGUUGAAUCAUUAAUGGAUGAAGAGGAUAAUCAAGUACAUGGUUAUAUACAUGUUAAUGAUGAAUCUGGUUUAACAAUGGGACAUGUUAGUGCUUGGUCCUUGACUGAUAUUAAAAAUAUGCUUAGAUGCAUACAAAAUAGUACACCAAUGAGACAUAAACAAACACAUUUUAUUAAUAUACCAAUUUGUGCAUCAAAAAUACUUGAAUUUGCUGUUUCAUUACUUAAUGAUAAAUUACGAUCACGUAUUAUGGUACAUAAAAAUGUUGAAGAACUCAGAGAAGCUGUUGAUCCAAAAAUAUUGCCAAAAGAAUAUGGGGGAAAAAUUCCACUUGCUGAUAUGAUUGCUGAAUUUAAGAAAAAAGUUAGAGCUAAAAGAACUGAGUUGAUGGCAUUGGAUGACAUGUACAUUGAAUUAUCACCGAAGGAUCGAUGUGCGGCGACAAAUGAUGGUCUUUGUGGAAUUUCUGGUUCAUUUCGUAAACUGGAAGUUGAUUAAUAUGAUUGAUGAUGAUCUUUAUUGAUUUAUAAAUAUUAUAUUGUAUUUGUAUAAUUAAUUUUUGAUAUUUUCAUUGAAUAGUUAUUAUUUUUUUUAUUGUUACUACUAUUACAUUUUAAUAUUUCUUUUUUUGUCGGUGGUAUAAGUUACCGGGUAUGAAAAAAUGUUUACAUUAUAUUUUCAAUACUUGUUAUAGACAUAUA